GUAUAUGUAUAAAACUACUUGAUAUUUUGAUUUAUUCGCUUUUAUCAUCUUACUGUUAUCCGAUAUUCAAUAUCUGAUCUCAUCCAUCCAAUCCAUUUGAGAAGGUUCAGGCACGAACCCUAAUCACCUCCAUCCUCCAUCCCCCGUACAUCUACAUCUACAUCUUCUCUAUCAACCACCUACCUGCCCAGGUCUCAGAAACAUCAAAUUCCACCACCACCAGACCAGCCCAGACCACACAAGGUGAAAUAUCGAACAGAACCAAACCAGCAAAAAAUAAACAAUGACCAUCCCACCCCUCUCAUGCUGCCACGCCUCCAAGCAAGGGUGCGUCUGCGCCGCCCAAGCCAGAUGCUCCUGCGGCAAGCAACAAGCCCUGCAUUGCACCUGCGAAAAAGCAAAGACUGAAAACGACACCUCAGGCCCUAGGUGCUCAUGCCGGAGCCGUCCAGCUGGCCAAUGUACGUGUGAGCGUGCCGAAUCAGAGAAUCAUCAGCAUUUCAGCGCUGCGUGUCCGUGUGGGAAGAGAGCGUCAGACUCCUGUACUUGCGAAAAGGCCCUUGAUGCCGGGAACUUCCCCGGAGAGACAGACUUCACCACCAAGGCAUAGAUAGACAGAUACACUAUUGAAACGAAUGCUGAGAGGACAGGAAAGGUGGGAAGGCUUGGGAUGUUUGACAUGGGAAUCUCUUAGAGCGAUUGAUUAGGUACAGGGGAUGUUGGGUAUGAUUUUGGAAACUUGACUAUCCUCCUUUUGUCUGCAUGUGAACAAAUUUGUAUUUCUUCAGUGUUUUGAGUGUUUUGCAUGUAAAUUGAUUUUUUGGGAAUUUUCUUUUAUUAUUGAAAGAUAGAUAUUCAUCAGUUUUCGUUAUUUCUUGUCUUCAUCCAAGCUUGGACCUACGGAGUAAAGAAAUUGUAGAUUCUCUGGGCCGUGCACUAUGCCCGUUAUGGUAAAAGACUACUGCUGCUUCGGGGAUGGCGCCUGGCUAGUUAACUACCUCGCUACUUUUGCGCCAUCUCACGCCGUCCUAAC